ACUGUGCGUGGAAGGGUUCAUUCCGUGUUUUUCGGACUCAGGAGUUUAUCCACAAAGCUCCGAGGAUGCCAUUUGACUACAUUCCCAUUCUAGAGAUCUUCCUGGGCAUGCUGGGCUUCGGCCUCUCCAUCAUGUUCUGCACGACCUUCUGCAGGGCGUGCAGUCGCUACAGGGAGGAGCAGAUAGAGAGGGAGGUGUGGCGACGCACUGAGCAGGACGGGCGCCCUCCUCCAAUAUAUUUCAUCCCCUUCCAUGGGAGCAUGUCACACCAGGACGGCGAUGACCACCCCAGGGCACCUCGAUACAGCCAAGAGAACCACACACCACCACAGUAUAGCAAUGCAGCCUACAGUGGGCCCCCACCAUCCUAUAAUGAGCUGGGAUUGAAGCCUGAGGAUCUUCCCCCUGCUUACACAGAGUACAGCGUCCCUGUGUAUCCCAUCACACCUCCACCUCCCUCGGACAUGGUUCAACCACAAACACAGUCACAAUAAACCAGGACCAUCACACUGUGGCUGUGUUGAAGUUAUGGACAGUGUUGUUUACUGAACUGCCUCAUGGACUUGAGUGAGCUGACACUGGAGUUUAUAAAGUUUCAAAGAUUUUUUUUUUUAUUGUGAGCUUGUGUUUUUUAUUGUGAUAAUGGAUGUGAUGAUGGGACAGAGGGGAUAACAGCUGCACAAAUAGCACCAUACUCAAAGCUACAACGCCAGCACAUUCUACGAGCCACUAAAGCACUUAAGACCCAUUGUAGAUUUUUAUUUGAUUCUGUAUGAUGAUUGUUAAAAUGGGAUCCUGUGCGCAUCACUCCCUCACUUGUUGCUAUCUUGAACAAGGAGGUUUUGUUUUUGGUCGUGUUUGUUUGCAUUUCUGUCUGAUGUUUUGUUUGAUAUCUCAAAAAACUGCUUUAAAAGUAUUAAUGGAAUUGGUGUAAUUUCAGGUGUGAAUGUGAAUCCAAUGGUGCCACUGUGUGGCCAUUUAUGAAGCACUUUUUCACGUUUUACUCAUUUCUCUUGAAUCAUGAGGAGUGGGUGCCAUUUUUCUCUCCCUGGAUUCCUUUUACCAGUGUGUAUUAUUGUCUGCACAGAAUUUCAUUAAACAUUUUC